CCCAAGAAGAAUGGACACGUACUCUGCGUUUCUCAUUCUGAGUUUGUUUUGCCAGCAAUGUCUAUGCAUGCCAACAUCUCGGGAUAUCGAAAUUGACGUGGAUGGUGGAAAAGAUCGAGACAUUUUCGAUAUAAAUGAAGAAUCAGGACUGAAUCUUGUAGAAGGAGACAUAGAGUAUGACCAGAAACAGGGGAGAAACUCCAUUUUGGGGGAUGAGUACAGAUGGCCAAAAAUAAUUCCCUACUAUCUGGAAGACAGUUUAGAAAUUAAUGCCAAAGGAGUUAUCUUAAAGGCUUUUGAACAAUAUCGGCUAAAAACCUGCAUUGACUACAAGCCCUGGGAAGGGGAGCAAAAUUACAUCUCUGUCUUCAAAGGCAGUGGAUGCUUCUCCUCAGUUGGGAAUCGCCAUGUGGGGAAACAAAGAUUGUCCAUCGGGAACAACUGUGACCGGAUCGCCACGAUCGAGCACGAGUUCCUUCAUGCGCUGGGGUUCUGGCACGAGCAGUCCAGAUCGGAUCGAGACGACUACGUCAAAAUCAUGUGGGAUCGCAUCUCCGAAGGCAAAGAGCACAACUUCAACACCUACAACGACACCGUGUCCAGCGCACUGAAUGUCCCCUAUGACUACAACUCCAUGAUGCACUACAGCAAGACCGCCUUCAGAAACGGAACCGAACCCACCAUCCUCACGAAGAUCCCGCAGUUCAUGGACGUGAUUGGUCAGCGCAUGGAGUUCAGCGACAGUGACCUUCUGAAGCUCAACCGGCUCUACAACUGCUCGUCAACGUUAACGUUUCUGGAGCAAUGCAGCUUCGAGCUGGAGAAUAUCUGCGGGAUGAUCCAGGGCCCGGGCGAUAACGCCGAUUGGGAGCGUGUGAAGCAGGUCCCGAGCAAGCUGGAUACGGAUCACACGGACAUGGGCAAGUGCAAAGGUGCAGGCUACUUCAUGCACUUCAGCACAGCCACAGGAAGUGCGGGAGACAAAGCCUACUUGGAAAGCAGAAUACUGUACCCCAAAAGAGGCUUCCAGUGUCUGCAGUUCUUCUAUUACCACAGUGGAAGUGCAGAUGAUGAGCUGAAGAUCUUGGUCCGUGAAUAUGAUCAGGAUAACCCUCAAGGAACCCUUAGGCACAUGGGGAAUGUCACAGCAUCCCCUGAAGACUUUUGGAAACUGUAUCAUUUACACCUGAACGUCUCAAAAAAGUUCCGGGUCGUAUUCGAAGGAACAAAAGGAGCAGGAAAUUCACUUGGAGGUUUUUCUAUUGAUGACAUCAACUUAUCAGAGACAGACUGUCCGGAUCAUGUGUGGCACAUAAGAAAUUUCACUCACCUUUUAGCAAAUAGUCCCCCCGGAAAACAGGGAAGGAUUUACAGCCCCCGAUUCUACUCCAGAGCUGGAUAUGCCUUUCAGAUUGGUCUGUAUGUAAAUGGUACCGAUGACAAUCCUUCUAAUCUCGCCAUCUACUUCCACUUAACCUCUGGAACCAACAGCGACCGACUGCAGUGGCCUUGUCCAUGGCAACAGGCCACGAUGUUACUGCUGGACCAGCACCCUGACAUUCGCCGACGAAUGUCCAACCAGAGAAGCAUCACCACUGACCCCACAGAGCAGAAAACUGAAUUGAAUGGGUCCCUAUAUUAUUUUUGGGAUAAACCUGAAACUGUAGGACAGCUUGUCCGUGAUCCAGAUGGAACUGAGUACUACAGAGGUCCAGGAAGAGGCACCAGUGCAUUCCUAACUCAUGACAGGCUGAGAAGCAGAGAGUUCAUAAAAGGAGAUGACGUCUUUUUCCUCAUGACUGUGGAAGAUGUUUCAAGACUUCUUCUUACUCAGCCAGUCCCACCAUCCACAUUUUCCCCCACUACCACAGCGUCUCCCGGUGAACCCUGUAAAAACCACACCUGUGAAAACGAUGGGAUCUGUGUGGUAGAGAAUCAGCAGCCAGUCUGCAGGUGUGCAGCAGGUGAAGACUGGUGGUACAUGGGGAGCAGGUGCCAGAGGAAAGGGAGAUCUGAAGACGUUGUUAUUACAGCAGUGGCCUCAUCUGUGUCCGUGUUUGCAGUCAUGUUAUUAAUCACGGCUGUGACCGCAUGCUGCCUGAAAAAGAAGUACAAGAAGAAACCAUGCAAUGACAACCGAGACAUGGUGAUGGAAAAUAGAACUGCCCAUUGAAGAUGACCAGAAGAAGAAAAAGGAGCAGUCUAUCACCUUUUCAUCUCCCAAACAGCUGAAUUUCUUUUUAAAAAAGUGACCUUGAGUUUUACGUGCCCAAAAUUUUAGAAUUUCAUUCAGAAGUUUGGAGAUUCUGAAUUUCAGGCCAAAAUAAUCUUCUUGCAUUUGAAGCACACACACACACCUUUCAUUUUAGUCCAACACAUUUUAAGAUGCCAACAGGUUAAGAGCUAUUAAAUAGUAGACUGGGUGUUUCAAAAGAGGUUUUUGGAGUCACCCAGAGGCACUUUUUAACAGGAAUUUUAAGCCAACUAUUGUAUAAUCCAGUAAACUGCAUUUCUGCAUUGUA